GACGUGACAGGUUCGUCGAUUCCACUAGGUCAGCCAGUUGAUGCUCCAACAAGCAAUUCCAGUUCAAGGUCCCACAGAGACAAAAUGAUUGACUAUAAAAAAUGCCCCAUCACAGUUUUACUACUUCUCAAUCUUCUGGUAAUGUUUCUCUACAUAUCGCAUAGUGAUAAGAUGCAUCGUGUAGACUAUAAACGAUAUCACAUAAAAGGCCAUCACAGAAGGCAAGGUUUGGCUAAAAUGUCAGCAGCAAAGGACCGAUUAAGGUCAUACAGAAAAGUAUUGGAUGAAUGCAUUUUGGAAGAAGUAGAUCCACUGGCCAAAGAAUUUAUGCACUACAAUCCCAACUACAAUCCAAAAAAGAACUGUACAAUAUACAAGCCAAUGACUGAGCUAAUAGACGGAACCUUUGAAAUAGUAGCGGAAAAUUCUACAUGCAGAGCUAGGUGUAUUCUACCAAAAACGCACACUAGUUACGAAGUUGGCGCGGAAGUUGAACUUUCAAUAAGUGGCUCAUUUGAUUGUGAUAUAAUCGAAACAAUGUGUCAGAUCAAGAAGGAAAGUCCCGGAAAUUCUAAUGUACGAGAAGAUCAGUUCAAAAAUGAGUCCGUGGAACACUACUUGCAUAUGCAAAUUAGAGAAAUCAAUUCCAAAAUUGACGAAUCUUUUGACAAAAAUUUGCCAGAUGUGUACGUUUUGGUACUCGAUUCUGUCUCAACUUCGAUGGCGAAGAGAGCACUGCCGAAAACUCUCGACUUUUUGCAAAGAAAGAUGAAAGCUGUGCAGUUUCCUAUUCUUAACAAAGUUGGUGGCAACAGUCACUCAAAUGCAUUUCCUUUGAUGUUCGGAAAAUCGAUAAAAAGAGUAAGUCGAAUUGGAAGAAAAGCUGAGCCUCCUGAUUGGAACCAGAUAUGCACUGAAAACACAAAAUUCCAAAGUUUCUUGGAUAUUUACAAAAAGAAGGGCUAUAAGACCAUGAUAGCAGAAGAUUCAGCGGGUUUACAGUCUUACGAAUUAUGUAAAAAGUCGUUUGGAUCCGAAGCGGAUCACAUUUACAGACCUUUUGAUCUACGAGCAAAGGAGGAGGACCUGAAGAAAAAUCUCUUUGGAAAAACUUGUGGCGAAUCUCAUCUUUACAUGCUAGACUACCUCCAAAAGUUUAUGAACGCUUAUUCAGGGCAUCCAAAGAUUGCGUACGUUUGGUCAGCAGCUCUGACAAGAAGCAGUAUGGGAGCUUUAUAUCAUGCCGAUGACCAUUUCUUUAAAUUCUUCGAAAGAAAUCAGAAAAAUUUGCGCAGUGCAUUCUUCUUUUUCUUGGGAUAUCAAGGACCACACUCGGAUGGAGUUCAAGAAACUCGCUUGGGACGACAUGAUAACAAAAAUCCAUUCCUUGUUAUUGCGAUUCCUGAAGGUUUACGUAACAAUGGCAUUCACCAAGCGCUCAAGCAGAAUUCUGAGAAGCUAGUGACACAUUUCGACAUACAUGCCACUUUGAUGGAUAUUUUACGCAUAAAGUUUGUACCUCCUUUCGCCUCCAGCAAUGAAAGUAACCAGAAUGCUUGGGUAUUUGUAUCGAAGGAUAAAUCCAUGACAAUCACUCAAGGUGCUCAGAACCCAGCGUUUAACAAAGGUUCAUCCUUACUGAGACGUUGGAUGAAAUCGAGAACUUGUGAUAAUCUGCCAAUACCAGUGGAAUACUGUCUUUGUCGGUACAAAAAGGAAGAAAUGACAGAUGAACGCUUACGACAAAAAAUUGGUGAAUUCAUUGCUAGCAAGCUGAAUGCGUACCUUACAAAAGCAGAGCUCGCGAAUACAUGCCUCAAGCAGGAGUAUGAACAGACAUUAGACGCGCAACAGUUGCGAAUUGGAGUGAACACAACCCUGUAUUCAAUGUUCAUAAGGCUAAAACCAAUGAAAGGCGAAUUCACGGUAGAGGUACUGGGAACCUCGUCCGGUUUUCAGCUUGUCUCAGCUUUCAACAGAUGGGACCACAGAAAGCGAGGACAUUGUGCUCCCGAGUCGUUUCGUCCACUUUGUCAGUGUUCCUCAUCCUAAGCUGCUAUUCA